GAUAUAGUGAUUCGCGUGUAACGGGGAAAGUGCUGCCAGGUAAAGCGCUGAUGCCUGUGGAGCUCGGCGGAUAAACCGCGCACUUUAACAGUAGUACUGAAGUGUUGUUGGAUUUUGGCUUUCCAUCAGAUACGUGCCUCUGUUCCUUCUAUGAAGUGUGACUGUAAGUUUUACCUUGUGCGCUAGAAAAGCAAGCAACCACUGAUUCCCGAUAUCGGAAUUCGCCACUGUUUUACUGUGAUUUUGAACUUACUCAGCGCUUUUAUUCACUACUUUUCCUGGCUUUUCCUGUAAAACUGCUUUGUUGGCCACCAGUUGAUGCGUAAAGUGCGUCUUACAAAAGUAUUACUAGAAGAAAGAUUUUUAAUUGGUCAUUUUUAGGUUUGAAAUCUUACAGUGCUAUUUCUCCCGGCUUUCACUAGUACAAUGAAAGAGUCGCUGUUACCCGUAUCUAACGUGACAGCCGUCCUGCCCGGUGGCUUCCUACACAAAGCCUGUAAGUUCCUGGUGGCCUUCUGCGCCCUUCACCUCUGUGUCGUCCUUAUAUACUAUUUGUCCGGCGCCGAUUUCUACAUCCUCCAAUACUUCAGGCGAAACCAGCAGUUCCAGAAUGAUACCAUUAUCAACAGCACGCUGCUACCUACUGCGAUUAGCACCAAAGGGAUAGAAGAACUAAAUGACUGCCCUACGACGUCUCCAUUACUAGUUGGUCCUCUAAAUAUUGUGUUUUCCAUGCCUUUGGAUUUGGAAGAUAUAAGGAAAACGAAUCCAGAUGUAACAGAUGGAGGGCACUACAUACCAAAAAACUGUAAGGCAUUGCAGAAAGUUGCCAUCAUCAUACCUUUUAGAAAUCGUGAUGAUCACCUUAAGUACUGGCUACAUUAUAUGCAUCCAAUUCUACAGAGGCAGCAGCUUGAUUAUGGGGUAUAUGUUAUUAAUCAGGAUGGUGACAAAACUUUCAAUCGGGCCAAACUGCUGAACAUUGGUUAUGUGGAAUCAUUGAAAGAAUAUGCCUACGAUUGUUUUGUAUUUAGUGACGUUGAUCUUAUCCCAAUGGAUGAUCGGAAUAUCUACAAGUGUUUUAAACAACCAAGACAUCUCUCUGCGGCAAUGGAUAAAUUUGGGUUUGGCCUGCCAUACAAUCAGUAUUUUGGUGGUGUUUCUGCAUUAAGCAAGAACCAAUUUCUCGAAAUUAAUGGAUUUCCAAACAAUUAUUGGGGUUGGGGUGGAGAAGAUGAUGAUAUCUACAACCGAAUUGCAUCAAGAAGUAUGUAUAUAUCGCGUCCAGAUACACUUACUGGAAGAUGCCGGAUGAUUCGUCAUAACAGAGACAACAAAAAUGAGCCAAAUCCACAAAGGUUUGACUUGCUUGCGCACACAAGACAGACUAUGAACUCGGAUGGGAUAAACUCGCUCUCUUAUAAGGUUGUCUGUACAACAAGGUUUCCUUUGUACACAAAUAUAACAGUAGAUAUCGGUUUACCUCCAAGCUAACCCCAUUAAGUUAAUAGCAAAAUAAACUUUAUAUUGUAGUUCAAGGAAUUUAAAGGGAUACUGUCAUGGAAAAACAUGUUUUUUUGCAAAAUGCAUCAGUUACUAGUGCUG